UAGAGAAAUGAAUAUGAAAAUGACUUAUUUUGGGGGGAUGCAUGAUUGAUGUUCCACAACAAGGAACACCCAUCUUGGUCUCUGCAUGGAAUGUGGCAAUGAGGCCAAGGUUGUAUGCCAAGUCAAUGAUUCUAAGGUUGUCUGUGAUUUGUAUCAAUUUGCAGAUGAGUUAGGUGAACCCAAUUAAGGUUCUUGAAUGAAUCCAUUGUGGACCAUGAAGAUGAUGACCUCCACAGGAUUCACAGAGGUAAAACCGAGAUGAUGGGAGGGGUUGAUGGACUGGUUGUUGCAGGUUGGCUUCGUCAAGCCUCUCAUCUGAAUUCUCUCUUCCUCACUACACUUGGCAGGCCAACAGCAUCGGAGAGCAUUAGGCAACCAUGGCUGAUGGGAAGCCUCACCUUCUUCUUUGUCUGCCAUCACAUCUUUCAGGUGAAGUGUCCAUUUACUCUUGCUUGAGGUGGAGAUAAUGGUGGGUGGACUUCUCUCUUGAUGAACAGAGAGUUGGCGGAUGACAUGUUCUGCUGAGAAAUGACGCUCCUUGGUUUCUGUUGCUGCUUCUUUCUUGUCUAUCUUCUGAUCGUUUUGAUCAGCUUCGUCGUCGAUCACGCUUUCAGAGAUAGGGGAGGAGGAGCUUCGCAGAGAGAUGAGCGCGAAGGUCCGCCUGAAUCCUUGGGGGAGAAAGAGGAAUCGUGCGUCAGGUUUAAGUUCCAGCAUCAGAUAUCGAAUUACCAGAGAGGCAAUUGCGAUGAGGAACCAGAAGCUGCGGUACCUGUUGAUGGAGGAGAUGAGUCUUCUCACGGCUUCUCGUCCGAAAAAGACUUCCGCGGGUUCAUGGAAGAGCCGAAAGCCGCAACCUCUUGUACCGAGCUCGAUUCAGGAGAAGAAGCAGCAGCUGCUGCCGAUGAUGAUGCCGUGCACAAUGCCAGCGAUUCGAUCGAGAUCAAGGACAAGAUAUUGCCGAGAAAUUAUGAGGUCGUGGAAGAGAAUGGAGCAUGUUCUUUGUCGGAGGAAUUCUCCGGCUUCGAUUCGGAGACCGACUCCAUUAGCAUGAGCGAUGGUUACUCGGUGCACGACCUCGUCGUGGACUCAGAUGGUUUCUUGUCCGAGAGAGACUUCGAUGGAGAAGAAGAACAGCUGCGGAAGAGUCUGAACCAAGAAGAAGAAGAAGAAGAAGAAGAAGCUGAUGACAGGCUUCAAGAAACAACGAAUCUGCCAUGUUCUCAUGCACCCCAAAUCGAGUUCACCGAUUCCAGUGACGACGAUCUUGAUUCGACGAGCAGAGGUUGCAGUCCUAUGAAAAGCCCUGAGGAAGUCCUCGAUGCAGAAGAGGCAGGAGACGAACCAGAUGCUGCUGCUGAUGAGUCGGAGAAGAAGAAUCAGUUCAAGGUGUCAGAAGACGAGGAGUACAGCGAGCUGGAGCUGCUCUGGGAGCACCAGGACCUGAUAGAACAGCUGAGGAUGGAGCUGAGGAGAGCGAGGGACAUCGGUCUGCCGACGAUUCUGGAGGAGUCAGAGAGCCCCCGAACAGUGGAGGAUCUGAAGCCAUUAAAGAUGGACGAGAGCUUCCUUCACGAGGAUCCACUGGACGAGCUGCACAGGGCUUACAGGAGCUACAGGGAGAGGAUGAGGAAGUUCGACAUCCUCAACUACCAGAAAAUGUACGCAAUAGGUUUCCUGCAGGUGAAGGAUCCUCUCAGAUCACUGGGACCUCGAAAGACAUUAGCCUUAGCAAUCUCAUCCAUCCUCUCCCAAAGCUUCUGGUCGAUUCGUCGAAAACCCAGCUCCGAACCUUCAGACAAGUUCAUCAAGGAGCUUCAGAGUGACCUGGAAGUGGUGUACGUUGGCCAGACAUGCCUGUCAUGGGAGUUCUUGAGAUGGCAGUACGAGAAAGCUCGGGAAUUGCCGGAAUCCGAUCCAUACCGAAGCAACCACUUCAAUCAAGUGGCCGGAGAAUUCCAACAGUUCCAAGUCGUCAUCCAGAGAUUCGUCGAGAACGAAACAUUUCAAGGGCCGAGGCUGCCAAACUACAUCAGAAACCGAUGCGUUCUCCGAAAUCUUCUCCAAGUUCCUUUGAUCAGAGAGGAUGGAGCGAGAGAGAAGAUGGAGGAUCACCAGAAGGGAUGCUAUGACAUCACAAGUGAGAUGAUAGAAGAUGUCAUGGAGGAAUCCAUCAGGAUCUUCUGGGAAUUUGUCAAGGCAGACAAGGAUGAAACCCCAGGUAUUCUGAAAGGGUUCAUGGGAGCUCAUGUCGACCUGCAAGACCCAUCAGACUUUGACCUCAUGGAAGACAUCCAAUCCGAUCUCCGCAAGAAAGAGAAGAAGCUCAAAGACAUUGUAAGAACCGGCAACUGCAUAGUCAAGAAGUUCAAAAGGCCAAAGGAAGAUCGAUCAAAUCAGGACCUCUUCUUCUCCCAAGUAGACCUGAAGCUGGUGGCGAGAGUGCUGAGAAUGUCUACAAUCACAACCGAUCAAUUGGUGUGGUGCCACAAGAAACUGAGCAAGAUUAGGAUGGUGGAGAGAAAGAUCUACAGGGAGCCUUCCUUCUUGCUAUUCCCAUGUUGAUCUACACAGAAAGAUUCAUUAAAAUUCUUUCUUACAGCAUCAUUUUCUGUACGAAAUUGGUGUGUUCUCCACACAUUGUUAGGCAAGAUGUCACCUUCAACAAAUGUGAAUCCAAAACCUGAAUUGGUCAACAACAACAA